AUUUAUUAAUUUGAGAUAUUAUAUUCCUUGCUUCUUCCCCCCCCCCAUCACUUCCCUAGCUCCAUUCACUUCUAUAAAUGCACCUCUCCUUCCACAUGGUUUCCUCACUUUUCUCCUUUCAACCUUUCCUGGGCAGGCUUUCAUUUGAAAAGCCUCUGGAAAUGGAGUCUCAUACUUUCAUUAUCAUCUCUGUUCUUUCAAUCCUCAGAGCUGUUCAUGGAGGAGGAGAAGGAUGGAUAAAUGCUCAUGCCACCUUCUAUGGCGGUGGAGAUGCCUCUGGAACUAUGGGAGGAGCUUGUGGCUAUGGAAAUCUGUACAGUCAGGGUUAUGGGACUAAUACUGCAGCUCUUAGCACUGCCUUGUUUAAUAAUGGACUGAGCUGUGGAUCUUGCUAUGAAAUUGUGUGCGCUAAUGACGGACAAUGGUGUCUUUCUGGUUCUAUAAUUGUUACUGCAACCAAUUUAUGCCCACCAAACUUUGCUCUUCCGAAUAAUAAUGGUGGUUGGUGUAAUCCUCCAUUGGAGCAUUUUGAUCUCUCUCAGCCUGUUUUUCAGCGUAUUGCUCAUUAUAAAGCUGGAAUUGUUCCUGUUCAGUAUAGAAGGGUCCCCUGUGUUAAGAAAGGAGGUAUCCGGUUCACCAUCAACGGUCACUCCUACUUCAACCUUGUUCUCAUCACCAACGUCGCCGGCGCCGGUGAUGUGGUGGCUGUGUCCAUUAAAGGUUCGAACACCGGUUGGCAGUCAAUGAGCAGAAACUGGGGUCAAAACUGGCAGAGCAACAGCUAUCUUAACAGUCAAUCUUUAUCUUUCAAAGUCACGACAAGCGACGGCCGGUGUGUUACCUCCAUGAACGUUGCUCCUUCCUCCUGGAGCUUCGGCCAGACUUUCUCAGGUGGCCAGUUCUGAGAAGCCAAUAUUCAUUAUUCUAUCUUACUCUGUCUCUCUAACUCUACCAUUACUAAUAGUCUCAAGGAUUUUUGUGUCAUGAUGAAAUUGCCGCUUUGAAAUGGCAAUCGAUCUAUGACCUUUAUCUUACUAAGUUAAGUCCUUCUUGUUCUCUCCAUCUUGCCUUAUAUAUAGUGGCAGAGGAGGGCGCCACAUUAUAGAGUGGUGAAAGAAGUCAUUUUUAUUAGGUUUUGAUUUUAAUGGCGUGGUGGUGAGGAUUGGAAUGGCUGAGGUGAACUGUUUGUCACCCGCCCAUGACAUCGAUCUACUUCUGUUGUAUGUACUGGUUAUUUGUAAUGUAAUAUGCGUUUUCUGGGAUGAUUAAUAUAUUAAAUUCUUAAGAGCUUCAAGAUA